AUGGGUGUGACAGGUCUUUGGACAGUGGUGGCGCCAACCGCGCGACCUACACAACUCGCCUCCUUGAAUCGUAAACGCCUUGCCGUCGAUGCGUCCAUAUGGAUUUAUCAGUUUCUCAAGGCGGUCCGUGAUAAAGAAGGCAAUGCACUGAGGAACAGUCAUGUGGUGGGAUUCUUCAGGCGGAUAUGCAAGCUGCUUUACUAUGGCAUCAAACCUGUUUUCGUCUUUGAUGGAGGAGCACCAAUCCUCAAGCGCGAGACUAUCAGGAGAAGAGCCCGACGACGAGAGGGACGACGGGAGGACGCGGCCCGUACAGCGGGGAAACUGCUUGCCGUGCAAGUCGCGAGGGCUGCGGAGGAGGAAGAGAAACGCCGAAGAGCAGAAAGAGAACGCACACCUGUGGAAGAGGAAUUGCCACCCGAACAGGAGCUUGUCUAUGUGGACGAGAUAGGCAUGACACAAGCUGAAAGACAGGCCGGUAGACGGUUCAGGAAAAAGGACCAAUAUCAUCUGCCGGAUCUCGACGUCAGUCUUGAAAACAUGGGCGCGCCCAAUGACCCGAGAAUCAUGUCACAGGCAGAACUUGAGGAGUAUGCUCGACAGUUCCAUAGCGGUGAAGACAUCAAUCUCUACGAUUUCAGCAAAAUUGACUUUGAAAGUCCGUUCUUCUUAUCGCUUCCGGCUGGUGAUCGCUACAACAUUCUCAAUGCCGCCAGAUUGCGCUCGCGGCUCCGCAUGGGCUAUUCCAAAGAACAGCUUGACGGCAUGUUUCCGGACCGGAUGGCAUUCUCGAAAUUCCAGAUUGAGCGGGUCAAGGAGCGAAACGAGCUUACGCAAAGACUAAUGCAUAUCAAUGGAAUGGCGGAAGAUUUCUUGAACCAAGGUGGUAGGAUUGCAGGUGAGAAGGGGAAGGAAUACAUUCUAGUGAAAAACGACGGUGUCGAUGGUGGUUGGGCACUGGGGGUUGUUUCAAACAAGCACGGUACCCGGAAAGAGAAUGCUAUCGACCUGGAAGACGAAGAGAAGUCGGUGGAUCUCAGUGCCGAGUCGGCAGAAGAGGAAGAGUUCGAGGAUGUUGCGAUUGAAGGGCUGAACCGGGUACCCAAAGCAUGGCAACGCAAACGGAAAGCUGCGGAUUACGACAAGUCCUACGACGAUGCUGUCGAGCAGAUUGCAAUGAAGCGGAAAGCAGUGUACGAAGCCAGAAGGGUCGUUGCCAGUGCUCCCCAGGCUCGUCCAAUUGCGGUUUCCGCGGGUACUGAUGCGGAUGAUGAAGCACUCUUUGUUCCGGAGGACAAGAUUGGCGAUGACGGUGACGAUGUCGACGCGCUUUUUGAAGACGUUCUGCCUCCAGAGCAUGCUGACGAAGAUGACGACCUGCAAAGAGCCAUUGCAAUGUCUCUGGAACCUUCAGAUGCUACCAGUGUUGAGGGCGGGUUCAUCGCGAGCGGAGUACCCGCAGCAGAAUAUCUUGAUCAAGAUGACGGAUUCGAUCUACAGGCUGCAUUGGCGGAGUCUAGACGGUCGAAGCCUGCAGGAAAAACCAAUGUCAGGCAUAGAGACACAGCAUCGAAAUCGACUGCGGAGAUGCCCAAAUUCGAUGGCCCGCUUCCUUUCGAGUCGUUAAACCUGGGACAGUCUCUGCUUGGCAAGAAGAAGUCGAAGAAGAUUGAGGAGGAUCUGUCAGGAGGAUUCGAUCGAAAUCUGGGUGAAGACGCUUUUCGAAAAGAGAGACCACCUCAGCCCGUGCCUUCUUGGUUCGAUGCCGCUCCCAGUACCAAAGAUCUCAAACACACGGCCGAUCCACAUGAUGAGGUUGACGAGGAUCAGGUGAUGGCGAGACCGGGAGCGUCUAAUAUGAGAGACACUAUCCGCCCAUCUAAGACGGAAGUCAUUGAUCUGGAAGCCGAAGAUGAAGAAGGCCUUCGCGAGAACCCUGUUGAUUUGGAUCAGGAGAGUGAGGUGGAAGAAGUCCUGCCUUCUCAGGAUGCGGACAAUGGAACAGCCAUUCCAAGCCAAGCGAAGACAGAUGAAGUGGAUGAGAUUGGUGGAGCCGAGGAUGCUGAGCGCCGCAAACGAGACGAAGAGCGCGAAAAACGCUACGAGCUUGCACGCCAGAUUGCGGCCGAAAAUGAGCGUGAGGACGACAUGGUGGACAAGGCACAAACUGAACCUCCACUGCCCUCUACGGUGCCUAGCGAUGUUCUCGAGCAGCCUCGCCCGGAAACAAAGUCUACGGAAGCAGCAGGGAGUGACUUUGAGGAGGUUGAAUGGAGUGAAUCUGAGCACGAACAACCUACGAGUCCCGGGUCACUCGGUACUAUGGACGAGACUUUAAUUGAAGAACCUACCCCUCAGCCUCCUACAGCGCCUGUUGGACAGGAUGACGAUGAAGGCGAAGCUUUUGAGGAUGUGGAUGUGGAGCCUCCAGCCCAACCAUCGCAGGUGUCGUUCGCAGGUGUUCAGGCAGCUGUCGGCGGCGACUUCACUGCAGCAGAGCCAGACAACGUCCCGCCCCCCGCCCAAGCCGAAGUCGCCGAAGAAGAAUUCGACUACCUCUCUGAAUCCGAAGAAGAGCUGAUGCGGCAACUAGCGGUUGAAGCCGAAGAGCAUGCACGGUUUGCCUCUUCCCUCCACAAUCAGAAGACCUCGGCCCAGGCCGUUCGCGACUACGAGACCGAAUUGAAACAACUGCGCAACCAGCAAAAGAAGGAUCGCCGUGACGCCGACGAGGUCACGCAGGUCAUGGUGCAAGAAUGCCAGGCUCUCCUCCGUCUCUUCGGACUCCCUUACAUCACCGCACCGAUGGAAGCUGAAGCACAAUGCGCGGAACUGGUGCACUUGGGCUUGGUGGACGGCAUUGUGACGGACGACUCGGACAUUUUCCUGUUCGGCGGGACCAGGAUCUACAAGAACAUGUUCAACGCGGCCAAGUUCGUCGAAUGCUAUCUGGCGUCGGAACUGGAAAAGGAGUUUUUGUUGGAUCGCCGCCGCUUGAUUAGUUUCGCCCACUUACUGGGAAGCGAUUAUACUGAAGGAAUCCCGGGGAUUGGACCGGUCACGGCACUCGAGAUACUUAGUGACUUUGAAACUCUUGAUGAGUUCCAAGAGUGGUGCACCAAGGUCCAGCUCGGACGGCCGCAGGACCUGGAAGGCCAGCUCACGACACCGUUCCGUCGCAAAUUCCGCAAGACAGUCCAAAAGCGAAUCUUCCUUCCGCCUGGAUUUCCGGACCACAGAGUUGAUGAAGCAUAUCUGCAUCCGGAGGUCGAUUCGAGUCCGGAGCCCUUCCAGUGGGGGUUGCCCGAUCUGGACAAGCUUCGAGGCUAUCUCAUGGCGACGAUCGGGUGGACUCAAGAACGGACAGACGAAGUCCUGGUUCCUGUCAUUAGGGAUAUGAAUAAGCGCGAGCUGGAGGGGACACAGAGCAAUAUUACUCGGUUCUUCACCGGUGGGGUUGGCCUAGGUGCAGCCGGACGAGCAAGCGCGGGUCCUGGUCAAGGUCGGCUAGGACUUGCGGUUGGAGGCGAGGGAGCGGCAAAUCCCGAGGCCAUGGUGCCCAGGAACCGUACAGCCAAGGAGUCUGGACGGAUGAAGAAUGCGUUCAAGCGGCUCCGAGGGGAAGCUGAGAAGAAGAGGCGACGUGGGAAUUCCGGUGGCGAUGAUGAUCCUGAUCAGCAGCAGGACCCGGAUGAGGAGCAUGAGGAGAGUGAAGGCGUCGAUGGUCCUGAUAAGCCAGGUAGACCUGCCGAUGCAAAUGGAGAUGGAAAGGAAAGGGGAAAGGAAAACGAGACCGUCGUGAUCAAUGGAGACGAACAUGAACAUGACAUGACCGAGGAUGGAGAAGGGGAUGAUGAGACUGCAACGAAACGCAAGACGAGGCCGAAAAGUUCGGGGAAAAGGACAAGGCCACGGCGGCAUCAGCGAUGA